CAGAUCAGAUAGCACACACACAUACACCCACGUCUCCGUAGAAGCUCCUGCCAUCUACCCGUGGCCUGCACUGGACUAUGGCUUCUCCAGGGCUCUGGGCUAUUGACUAUGAGGUUUAUGGGGAUGUCCAGGGUGUCUUCUUUAGAAAGUACACCGAAGAACAGGGAAGGAAGUUGGGGGUGGUCGGCUGGGUGAAGAACACGGCUCAUGGGACUGUGACUGGACAAGUGCAGGGUCCUAAGGAGAAAGUGGAGAUCAUGAAGAACUGGCUGCGCAGCGUAGGAAGCCCCAUGUCACGUAUUGACCAAGCUGUGUUCUCCAACGAGAGGGAGAUCUCCAGUCUGGAGUUCCAGUCCUUCACCACUAAGUACUAGAACCAGCUGGCCGGUCAGGCUGGGAUGUCCAUCCCUAGCUACA